AUGCCGGGCCGCCCAUCAGCCCAUUUGACGGGUGCUACGAUCGGGCUUUUAAGAUCGAAAUCAGGAUGCAAAACUUGCAAAAUCCGAAGAGUCAAGUGUGGAGAGGAAAAGCCUCACUGUGUGCGGUGCACCAGCACAGGUCGCACAUGCGAGUAUGAGCGCAUCAAGUCCAGCAAAUUCUCUUCUACCUCCUCUGUACUUCCCGUGCUCACCAAUCCACUUUCGUUGUCACCGAACACGGUGUGGAGAGAGCGGCGUGCUUUUGCCUACUAUUUUCAGCACGCCGCAUCGUCUGUUGGCGGUGGACUGGAUGUUGACUUCUGGCGCACCAUCGUCCCCCAGGUUUGCCGGAGUGAGCCUGCGGUAUGGGACGCUAUCAUCUCCGUCAGUGCACUAUUUGAGAGUCCCGAGCCAAUUGUAGACCCUGGUCUCACACAAAAUCACCGAGACGCGCUAGGCUGGUACUCGCGCUCAGUGUCUGCUGUUCGUCAGCAAAUUCAGCGGGGCAGUAUUGAUACCUUUGUCGGGCUGAUCAGCUGCGUCCUUUUUAUCUGCAUUGAGGCCCUCCAAGGCGGAGUCGACGAAGCCAUACAACUGUUUUGCCAAGGCGUGCAUCUUAUUCUCGCGUUGCGCGCCCAAAUAGCCGAUGGGCUAGUGACGGCUGCUAAGGCGGCAUUGUUGGAAGAUACAAUCGUUCCAAUCUUUAUUCGUUUAGGAUUGAUUGGCUUUACCUUCUCUCGAGCGCAGAUCAGUGCCCUGCUACGAGACUCUGAACACAAACCGAUACGGCUAUUUGUCUCCCUUAGAUCCGCUCGGGAGGGAAUCGUUCGCCUCGCCGCAGAGAUACAGUUCUUUCAGCAUACGUGUGAAGAGCAUCUAUUACGCCCUGAUGUAUCCCAUGUGCCCCCGGAGCUGAUGGAUCUACAAACAGUACUGUCGGACAGGUUGAGGGACUGGCAUACUGCUUUCGUGAACUUGAUGGAAUCAAUGCAUGCCACAGAAGCUGUAACCCCACAGGACAUCGGCACCGGUGCCCUUUUCUCUGCCGUUUACGAGGCACUAUUCAUCAUGCUCGAGGUUUGUGUCUCAUCAACAGAGGCCAUCACCGACACAUUUUUGCCGAACUUUCAGAGGAUAGUGGAACAGUCUCGCAUCACUCUCGAUGCAUCAAUGCGAUCGGACGGCACACAACCACCGUUCACAUUUGACAUCAACCCCGGCAUCCCACUGUGGUUCACCUGCCUCAGAUGUCGGGAUCCUACAAUUCGACGCGAAGCACUGGCUCUCAUGCUUCGAUCUCCUCGGGUGCAGGGGUUUCACAGUUGCAUGUCUGCUGUCACCUUUGGCGAGAGGAUUAUGUUGCUCGAAGAGAUGAAUGGGGAGGUAAUGAGCGCAGCUCCAGAACCAAUGCAUUUCUCGACCACAGAAUCGCUCAUCGGAUAUCAAUAUUCCCCGUACUCUAGCGAUUCUCCCUCGCGCGCAUCUCCUGGGUCUUCGGACCCCGAAACAUUUACUCCAACAGCACAGGCUAUCCCGGAAGAGGCACGCAUCGGACAUUUCGAUGUCUUCCAGCCAGAAAAGGGGCUUCCUCCAGAGAUGACAGAAGAAGUCAUGGCAAAGUGGAACCUCAGUCGUGAUCGACCCUUUUUGGGUUUCUGGCGAAACGAGCGCGAUCCAACCAACGGCACAUGGCGGAUGGUCCGUGAAUACAUUCCCAUGGAUCUAAAAUAUUAA